CUGUACAAGUUCUCGCUGGCUUGGCGUCAACCGACUCUCAGCUGUUGUGCCUGGGCGGGAGUAGGGAAAUCCGUUUUUCACAAAAAUCUUCCCUCAAAAUAGGGUCGAUCAAAUGGAAAGUAUUUACCUCAAGGUCACGCAGGACUAUGUUCCCACUGACAACGAUAAAAAAGACGGUGGAAAAAAUAACCCGAUAUCCGUUGAGCGCGGUGACAUCAUAUUCGACGUGCGCAAGCUAGACGAUGGAUGGCUGACUGGGAAGAAUUUGAAUACGGGUAGAUCUGGCCGCUUUCCAUCGAGUUGUACCGCGAAACUAUCAGACAUUGAUAGCAAUAAAGAUUCAUCCGCGGUAGAUACGGGCCCUAAAGCAAAAGAUUCCGUAACAAAGGAGCCAGCCAGUGCGAAACCACUAAAGAGCUGGCAGAAAUCAACGAGCCCUGAAGCGAAUAAAGACUCGGAUUCGGAAAGUCGGAGGCCCGCAAACCCGAGACCUUUCGCUCUGUCAUCGAAGAAGCCGAGAAGCCCCAAUGAUAACGCCGAAAGGAAAGAAACUUCGGCUGAUUCUGGAGUCGUCGAGGACUCGGAAGAUUAUUAUUUGAACGACGAUCCGGCCGGGAAAGGGAAACCGAGCGAGGCAAAGAAACCGACUUUUGGGAAAAUCUACGAGACAAGAAAGCCGACAGAAGCUGCGAAUAAAUCGUUGAUUUACGAACCAAGCCGCUUCCAAGCGUCUAAGAUUUAUUCUCCUGGGCUUGUAGCUAAAAGACCUAGCGUGUCUAAAUUGAAAUCGGCUUUCUUGGACCAGGACCCGAAGACCACGAAAGCGCAAGAUAUGAAAGAUAAACCGGAGAAAAACAGUGCUAGUGGAAUCGAGUUGAAAAACAGAUCGAAUAUUAGUCAACCUGGAAAGAAAGCAGAGAGCAAACGGCCGAUAGGGAAAGCAGCCUUGGCUAAAGAUGACGAAGAUGAUGAUACGCUAUAUGCCAAUUAUACUGAAGUAGACGAGUCCAAACCGGCCGAUGAAAACAAGAAUGAUAAAACUGAUGGUGCGAAGACAGCUAAGAAAAUAAACAUCAAGGAAAACCCUCUGUCAGAGGAAGAAUCCGGGGCUCCUUACCAUAGCUACCAAGUGCCGUUAUCGGCCCCAGAUAAACCCGAGAAAACCGGGGGGUGCUCUGAGUGUGACGAGCCUCAUAUUUACGCGGCUCCUAGUAAUUACCAAGAACCGCCGUCAUCACCGGAAGCUAAGCAAGGCAAAUACGAUUUCGACCCGACAGAAACCCCAGCCAGUCGCGAUAAGACCCAGGAGAAGCAACCACUGGAGAAGACUAAAGAUAAGGAGAAAGAGGAAGCGAAUAGGCGCUCGUAUAACCGCAUGGCUUCAUAUGAGAGCAUCGGAAAUAUCGGCCCCGAGAAAUCGAAGAGCGCCAAAUCAUGCGAAAGUCUGAAGGAAGCGGUCAAGAAAGUGAAGAGAACGAAACAAAACCUCGUCUCGUCGGGGCGCUAUCCUAGGAUGCGUAUUAUUGGAGGCAUAACCCUCGGCCUUGUAAUUGGUAUUUUUAUUUUCUUUAUGGUUUAUUUACUCGCUAAGUUGCACGUAUUGACAGCUCUCGUGGCGGGAUUUAUCGUGGGGUUCGUCUGUUCAAUCGUGUUCGGGUUUUUGGAUCGCAAGAGAACAUUGUGUGUGGCUUUGCUUGUGUUUCCGAGCUUGUUUGCAUCGCGUGGGAAGGUUGCCCUGUGGAUUAUUAUCACGUUUUUCAUCAUUGCUGGCCCACUGUGUAAUUUCGUGGCAAAUAUAGAAAUAAUUGCCACGGGCGAUGGUUGCGUGCUCAGUUCAACAGAUCAUAACAUUAGCUCAAAUGACACUAGCAAUAAGCACGUCCAUCCGGCGCUUCAGCACUACAGAUCCAUGGCCCUAGAUUUGGAGCUACUUGUCAGCCAGGCCCUGUCUCGUAUGGACUACACUGCAACAAACACGUCUGGAAAUUAUACCGUGUGUGAAAAUUUAAUGAAUGGUGCAAAGAUCGAGUGCGCACGUUCGGCGAAUAACAUCUACAAUUACUGCACGUCGAAAUUUCUCCCUACUGGAAAAGAAGGAGAUGUUAGACAAAAAUGCGAAGAGCUAUUGAGUGAGAAACUAUGCAGCCCUAUAUCAGAGUCCCUCAUCGCAGACACGUGCGAGAAGUUCGAUAUUCUUCAAUGUAAACAGACUCUCGUAGAGAUAAGAGGUGUUUUGAAUGACUCGCGGGUUCAAGCACUGAUUGGUGGCAAACCACUCGUGACAGCUGGUAAUGGAACGGAGAAGUGCAGCGGUUUCGUAUCAGUAGCCGGAAUGUUAUUACCACUCCUUGUACUACUGGUGCUGUACGAAGCCUAUCGAUACCACAAACUCUACAUGGCCAUCAAUAACUUCGAUAAUCAAUACUUGACGAGUCAUUUCAAGACUAUUGAAGACACGCGUAAAGCCAGUGGCGCCGGUGAUGGGUUAAUCCCACUAAAGAAGGGCGAGCUCCAACGUUUUAUCCAACCAACAUCUUGGCAAUUUACGAUCACAGAGAAAGAGCACAUGGCGAAAUCAUUCGCGGCUUACUUUCUCUAUUUGUUCUUCGCUUUGAUAAUUAUCCUCGUUGAUUAUUAUGUUUAUUUUACUAUCACGUCCAAAAAACAAAGUCAACAACUCAAGGAUGAAAGUUUAAAUAAAACAAACACCACCACAGAGGCUGGCCCAGUGGUCCCGGUAUGCAUCCGCGAGGUACACCCGUUGUCUUAUGUGUACUUGGUCGUGAUAUCAACUUUGCUUGGCUUGCUGCUCCUCAUGAUCACUAUUCAGCCCUAUGUCCUUCGCCUGAGGCACUACAUCGCUUCCAAGUUGUACAGGAGGCGUGAGCGCAAACGGAUUGCCUACUUAUACUACAAGAUUCUGGAAGAGCGCAAAGCCUUCCUAAAAGAAGUCAUUGAUAAAAUCAAUCUGCGAUCCGAGGAAAACCAUGCCAUGGAUUCUCUCGACAGUGUAAGAGUCCUUGCCUGGAAUUUCGGCCCGGUAGAGACUGUGUUGACAGGCAUAGGGGUGAAUCUCCGUGAGUGCAUGGUAUGCGGCAGAGGCUUGAAUCGCAAGUAUAUCUACUGUGAGACGGAGAGCUGUGAAGCGAUUUACUGCCGUACAUGUUUCUGGGACUUGGAGAAUAAAUGCUUGGGGUGCAUGCGUAAUAGUAACCCUGUGUCGAGGUCCUCAAGUUGUAACAGCGGGAAUGGAAAGAAGAAACGAGUGCAAGAGGUAUAAGCACCAGAUUUGUAAGACUGCGAGAAAAGAGCAGCGAUAUAUAAGAGCGAUAAGGUGACAAAUGCUGCAUGGUGCCCGUACAUGGGCUCUGGAGCAUACACAUAAAGCCAUUGAUAGUCUGGUAAGACCAAAGAUACACCCCAAAGGGGUAACACAAGGGGACCUGUAAAUAAGAUUUAAGUGUAAAGCUUAAGCAGCGUUAACUGGUGUACAAAGUACAAGCGUCAGAGUUACAAAGGCAUAAAUAUGGUAAGAGUCACGAUAUGUGAGUAAGGAUUGUAUAAAUUGGCUUCUCAUCCGGAUAGUAGAGAAAUAGCAAAUGACAAUUUCAGUUACACUAGGACCCUAUUUCCGCAUCUUUAACUUAUUUCUCCUGUUAGAUCAAGAUACUUUAGUCUUAGCAUUCCCCCCAGAGUUAGCAGGGAGUUAUCCGUGUAGAAAUAAAUUUAAGUAAACUUAAAACUCCCUGGUAAGACUAAGCAAGAUCCAGUUUUGCGAGAUCUAGCUAUCGGAGUUCCACUGUCUUGCUGAAAUUUAAACUGGAAUAUUUAUUUGCUUUAUCGUUUAUCAUCUAAAACCCAAGGUAAACGGUUUAAGUUAUCAGGUAGAAUCUUGUUUUUUUUUUUAACAUAUCUGGUGGGGCUGUAAAAAUCUUUGGUUUAUUUAAUGUUCAUUUCCCCAUACUAAUGGCCAGGAUAAUCUUGUACAUUUUUCACAGCACAUAAUUCAGUGAGGUCUAGAGAAGCCUCAGGGGCGGAUCUAGCUUUUCGCUAAAGGGCGGGGUUGGCACAGUGAAAAGGGGAAGGGGUAUUUUUUUGUUACGUAUGGCUUCCUGGCAGCCCAAAGAGGGUUUAAACCGCCUAAACCCUCCCCCUUGAUCCGCUACUGAGUCUGGAUUUGUUCUGAUACGUUUAAGACAGAGAAAAACAAAUGUUUUUCUAGUUAGGCGCAAUGAGUCUAGUACCAUACUUUCGCCCUCAUUAUGUUGGUGUUUGCCGAAAUUGAAAUGAAGAUUUGAGUUGAAGGUAUAAUGGGUCAAAAACAUUGAUAUUGCAGUUAAAUUAGUUAUUUAGGCACAACAGUAAAAAUGCUUUAAGUAUUUAAUAAUGGAGUGAAAUAUCGAAAGAAAUGUUUGCCUAUAGAAAUUAUAAUAGAUUGUAAGUAUAGAAGUUAAAGAAAAAGAACUAAAUAAAUUAAACAUGUCGUUGUGAUUGCUA